AUGGUGAAGUUCGCUAGAGUUCUAGUAGAUGUGGAAAUCUCUGAUAAGCUCCCUCAUAGUAUCAGCUUUGUGAAUAAACGUGGUCAACUGGUUGAGCAACUUAUUGAAUAUGAAUGGUUGCCUACUAAGUGUUCGGUUUGUAAAAUUCUUGGGCAUGCUGCUUCUAGCUGUAGAAAGGAACAGAACUUAGUGUGGCAACCUAAGAAGGAGCAGGGUGAAGCUAGUGAGAAGGUAGAUGGUAACAGGCAGGGUGAGGCUGAACCAGUUUCUGAUAAGAUGGACUCGACUUCAGUAGUACCUGAGUUGUCUAAGGUAUCCUCAGUUCAUGAUGAGAAGGAUAAUAAUACUACUACAGAAGCUCAGGACCAGGUAUGGACGACUCCCAAAAGAGUGAGUGGUGUUAAGCAUGUUAAUGAGGUAUCCCAACCUAGUAAGAUUAAUCAAUAUAGUGUCUUACAAGAUGGACAAUUGGAAGUUCUAAAACAAGGUAAAAUCACUAAAAAAAAAUCUCUAAUGGAAGGAGGAAAUCUUCUCUGCUGGAAUGUUAGAGGUCUGAACAGUAGGAAUAAACAGAAAUCCCUUUAUGAUUUCUGUAGGUCCAAUAAAAUUGGGUUGGGGGCGUUUCUUGAGUCAAAGCUUAGGGGUUCUAAAAUAGAGGAUAUGAUGACUUCUGUUUUCAGGGAUUGGAAAUUUUACUCUAUUCCAAUUGUAGAGGGGAGAAUUCUUCUGGUUUGGAAAGAGGAUCUGUUCAAAAUUUCUAUUAUUGGUGUGGAAGACCAGUUUAUUCACUGUACUGUGAAGAUCAUGGGAGUCAUGAAACCAUUUUUCUUGACAGUAAUCUAUGGUAGGAAUCAAUUAGAGGAGAGGAAGAGGCUUUGGCAGGCCUUAGAAUCACAGAGUUUGCUAGUCCAACCUUGGCUAGUUGCUGGUGAUUUUAAUGCCAUUUUUGACUUUGAUGAUAGAAUAGGUGGCCGUUCUAUAACUGAUAUGGAAAAGGAAGAUGCGUGUAAUUGGAGAGCAAAUUGUUUGAUGUCUGAAAUCCGUAGAAUUGGUGCUCAAUUCACUUGGUCCAAUAAACAGAAGGAAGGUUCUCAAAUUUUUUCCAAAUUGGAUAGAGUUUUCAGUAAUGAAGCCUGGACUGAUGCUUUCCCUAACUCAGAGGCUCAUUUUAACUGGGAUGUAAUUUCUGACCACUGUUAUUAUGUUAUUAAGCUUGUUCUUAGUCAGAUUUCUGGUCUGAAACCGUUCAAAUUCUUCAACAUGUGGACAAAUCAUGAGAAGUUUAGAGAGAUUGUCCUGAAUAGUUGGUGUACUAAGGGAGUCUGUACUGAUCUGAAGGGAAUUAGUCAGAAAUUGAUUAAAUUAAAGUCAGUUUUGGUUCAGUUUAAUAGGAGGACAAUCGGGGAUAUACCAGGAAAGUAUUUAGCAGCCAAGGAAAAAUAUCAACAAGCUCAAUAUUUGCUUCAACAGCAGCCUCAGUCUAAAGAGCUCCAUAGAGCAGAGCAAGAAGCUUGUUCUGAGUUUACUCACUAUUCUAAAAUGCAUGAGAGCUUCCUUAGACAACAGAGUAAAAUUACUGCUUAUGUCAAUGAUCAUGGACAGAUAGUUGAUUGUUAUGAAGAUGUGAUCAAGCAUUUUGUUAGCCAUUUUGAAGGUUUUCUGGGCAGUCCUAGUUCUGCUACUGCUAGGAUUCAGCUGGCAGGAAUAAAUGUUGGUAAUAUCUUAAGCAUAGAUCAGCAGCUCAGUUUAGUUAGACCUUUUUCGAAGAAGGAUGUUAAAGAAGCCAUGUUUAGCAUUCAUUCUGUUAAGAGUCUUGGUCUGGACGGGUUGCCUAAAUCUCUUAACAGAUCAAUCAUUGCUCUUGUGCCUAAAUCUGAUUCUCCCUCUACAGUAAUUGAUUACAGACCAAUAGCUUGUUGUAAUACUUUAUACAAGUGUAUUUCAAAGAUGCUAAGUGCGAGAUUAUCUACUGUUCUACCCUAUCUUACUCAUCAGAAUCAAGGUGCUUUUAUCAAACAUAGAUCGAUGGCCCAUAAUAUUUUCAUCCUUCAAGACAUUCUCAAAGGCUAUUCUAGGAAGAAUAUAUCAAAUAGAUGUUUGGUUAAGUUAGAUCUUAGCAAAGCAUAUGAUUCAGUUGAUUGGUAUUUCUUGGAGGAUCUUCUUAAUGCUUAUUGUUUUCGUAGUAGAUUCAUAAGUUGGAUAAUGGUUUGUUUGAAAGGAGCUUCUUAUUCAUUACUUUUGAAUGGUAGACUUCAUGGAGCUUUUAGUGGGAUGAAAGGGCUGCGUCAAGGAGACCCAAUAUCUCCUCUUCUCUUUGUAUUGAUCAUGGAGUAUCUCACUCGGUUAUUACUGUUAGCUUCCCAGCAAAAGGAGUUCAGAUUUCAUCCUCUUUGUAAACAUUUGAAGCUUGUCAAUCUUUGUUUUGCGGAUGACCUUUUGCUCUUUUGCAAAGGUUCUUAUUCUUCAGUUAAGAUUCUGUUUGAUGGGUUCUGA